AUGGAUCUUCCCGAGCCCAAGCUCUCGAUUCACAUCCAGCCAUCCUGUUCCGAACAUCGGUAUAUACGUGACAAAGAUCUAUCGACUAUUGUAGAGAAGCCCGAGCGACUGAGAGCGUUGGCUGUUGGCAUUGCUGCGGGCGUUGCUCUUAAUGAAACUGCUAUACUACCUGGUGUAUCGACAUCUAGCAAUAGCGUUACCAGCCAAGAUGAACUUGCUAUAGCCAUGGAAAAGAUGUCCCUUCAAUCGAGUGAAGAUAUCGCCUUGCCUACAACCGUUGCAAAGAUUAUCCGUUAUGCCCGUCCGGCGGACGCGUCAUUUUUAAAUAACCCUGCUGUUCGAAUGGUUCACGCAUUAGAAGAAGACAUAGAAUCUAGCUCGGGGGAAGAGUACCUAUCUCAGCUGUCACGCUGGGCUCUCGAAAGUGAGAGUCGCAUCAAGACUGAAGGCAGCGAGAUUCCGAAAGGGGAGGGUCUUAGUCAAGGAGAUUUAUAUCUAUGUCCAAGAACGCUUCAUGCUAUUGCCGGUGCACUUGAGACGACAUGCAAGGCAGUUGAUUCGGUCAUUGGUUCAACCUCUCCUCGAUCUUUUGCUGCCAUACGCCCUCCUGGCCACCAUUGCGGCUCCGAUGAGCCCGCCGGGUUUUGCUGGGUCAAUAAUAUACUCGUUGGGAUAGCACAUGCAUACCGACUCCAUGGCAUCACACGAGCGGUGAUCUUUGAUAUUGACCUUCACCAUGGAAAUGGCACUCAAUCGAUCACUUGGAAGCUCAAUGCGGAGACCCAUCGUAAGCGACUCGAGGCGGAGGCGAGGUUCGCAGCAGGAAUUUCUGAAGCCCAGCCGGAAGGGCUACAAAUCUAUUAUGGUAGUCUACACGACAUUUUAUCAUAUCCUUGUGAAGAUGGUGACCCUACGCUCACAGCCGCCGCAUCGGUAAGCCUACACGGGAACGCUCACGGCCAGCACAUCGAGAAUGUCCAUUUGCAAGAAUGGAAAGACGAAGAUGACUUUUUCAAUCGGCUCUAUGGAAACUCUUCAGAAAGCGAGGGCGAAGGAUACGCAACGAGAUUAUUUGGUCGCGCAAAGGAUUUCUUGAAAGGCACCGGAGCAAUUCCGGAGAAAACGAUGGUAUUUGUCAGCUGUGGAUUUGAUGCGGGGGAAAACGAAUACGAAUCAAUGUCAAGGCACAAUCGAAGGGUCCCUACUACCUUUUACCACCGCUUCGCUUGUGAUGCUAGGGAAUUUGCGGAAGUGUAUGCUAAAGGACGCGUGGUUGGGGUUUUGGAGGGCGGAUAUAGCGACCGUGCACUCGUCAGUGGCGGCAUGGCUUGGAUCAACGGGAUGAUAGGUCUACGUACUCAAAAUGCUAGGGAUUUAUGGAAAAUUCCUAAUCUCGAGAAGAUCGAACUUGCUACGGGACUCAAGAAAACACGGAAGCCACGCUCAUCCACAUCUAAAACUCCCGCCCCGUCUCACGAACCAUGGAUAUCUCGUGUACUUGAUUUGCUACCAACGCUCGAUGGCACUUUUGGAGCCAGCCAUUUAUCCGCUCCCCGAACCAAGAAAAAGGUGGACCCCCUACCCAGCACUCGUACCCUUCGUGACAGAGCACCAAAAGCACAGCCCGAGCUCAAGGAGGAGAAGCCUGCAUCAACCAAGGCUAAGUACGCCCCAGUGUCUUCUGCCAAGAGUUUGCGGGCAGAGGCGACGGGGAUAGCUCCAAGGCCUGAAUCACCAGGAGAUGAAUUCGUGCCACCGGUUCCUCCGGUUCUAGGGCCUCUUUCUGAUUCAACGAAAUUAUCACCUGAUUCGAACACUGCCACGGUGCCCCCAGUAGCCCGGGAGACGAGCACUACUGGGACCGAGAUGGGUGGCACCGUAAGGGCUUUCGAAGGCAUUUCGUUGAACUCAUCUGAAACUGUAAAUCAAGGUCCGGAAUCAAUUUCUGACCCAUCCAAGGCCUCUUUGGUAAUCAAAUUAAAGCGCCCUCCCCCAUCUACGGAUGUUUAA